AUGCCCGAGGAUACAGUACACUCAUUACAACAACAACAGCAACAACAACAGCACCAGCACCAGCAGCAUCAGCAUCAGCAUCAGCAUCAGCACUCGCAUCAGCAGCACCCACAUUCUUCUGACAGUACGUCGAGUAGUACGAACGCAGGUACGGAUCAGUACACGAUCAACAAUCUGGAAAAUGCAACAGAGUCGUGUUACCUAUUUGCAGACACAAAAGACGGUUAUACAGCACGGAGCAAACGACGUGGUCCACCACUUGAAUCGCGUACCAGCAACACGCUCGCAUCUCUUGGCGAAGGAUUGCGGAAAGUCAGUCUAUAUGACAGGCAUUCCGGCAAAACAUUUACAGAUGCAGAGCCGUAUGGCAGCUUUCUUAAAUGGGUGCCCGAACCACCAUUGCCGAGCCGGUACACGGGUUCCAUUGAGAUGCCAUCGCGUGAACUACAAAUGGAGAUGCUUGAGCAAUUCUUUCGCGAAAACUAUGAAGUGAUGCCGAUUGUUCCUCGACGAUAUUUUUUUGAACAGCUGCGAUGUAAGGGUCCCUUUAUCACGCCACUCCUGCUCAAUGCAAUCUAUGCCCAGACCAGUCGUUACUUGGACAAUUCCGAAUUACCGAAACCCGAAGUUUUUUACCAUCGAGCAAAGCGGCUGCUCGACGACUUUAUGGACAUGCCACGAAUCAGCACCGUUGUCGCGUUAUGUUACAUGAGCCUGUACGAACCAUCGCCGUCAACUCACCGCAGCGGAAGUCCGUUCUGUCGCUCGUGGAUGUAUAGUGGCAUGGCGUAUCGCAUGUGUCUAGAACUCGGCCUGCAUAACCAAUCCAAUAUCAGCAAGGAGUUGCCGCGCGAGGAAAUUGAGUUACGAAAACGCGUGUUUUGGUCAUGCUACUGUCUUGACAAGGUGCAAAGCGGUGGCUGGGAACGGCCGUGGAUGAUUACUAAACAAUUUGCACUCGUCGACCUACCGAAUGGCUUACCUGACGACGACGCCGAAGAGCAACUUAUCCUUGAAAACUUGAAGCAGAAG